AUGAUUUACGAUUCACCUCCUCGACCAACACUGGUCCGGUACUGCCUGCCGGAGGCAUCACCUGCACCAGCUGCCGUAAAGACCCAUCCAUGGCGCAACACGAAUUCUACAACUUACCUCGACAUGGGCGAUGGCCAAGCAGACGGCGGCUCCGUCGUCCGGCAGCUCGAAAAGAUUUUUACAGAGUCCCAACAAGGGAGUCCGUCUGUCGAUGUGGUACUCAACCAACUGUUCCCGCCGCUUCAAUGGAUCGAUGGGGACACUCUCUUUACUCAGUACGUCAGCACCGCACCGGCAGAUCGACUGGAUGUUUUGAAGACGCAAGAGGAGCUGGAUGAGGAGCUUAUUCGGCGGCACGCGAGCGAAACGGGGAUUUGCCCCAUACGAUACGAACUUAUCCUUCAAUGUUUCGAUGAAUUGAUACGUCAUAUCGCCAUCCAGGGGCCCGACAGAGCUUUGCUUCUACUUCGACUCAAAGAGGAAGCGCGUGUGACUAUAGCGGCUUACGAAGCGCUUUCUGAGGCGUGCGUCAACUUCUCCUCACGCAAGCAACUCCAGAGUGAAAUAGCUGUCGGAGACCGCGAACAGCGAAUCGCAGCCCUUGAGGAGGAGAAUGCACGUCUACGGGCCAAGGUUGCCGGUCUCCAACGACAAGCAGCGGCCGUCGAAGCGAGAGAAGCAACAAGAUUGCAGGUGCUACGUGCCAAACACCAGGCUGAGAUCGAGUUUCUCAACCAGCAACUGGCAUUUCAAGAAAACAUCCUCCUUAACACGCAGAACACCGUCCGAUAA